CUUCAAUUCCUCUAAAAUCACAAAGUUUUGUUAAAAAUCUUAUUUUGUUAGUUUUUUUUUUUUUAAUGUAUACGUAGCUCUGGUACUUGCUAAAUAAAAGUAACACUCUUUAAAAUGUAUUACAUGGGCGAAUUAUGUUCUUAAAAAACGCUUUUUACUGUUCAUGAAAAUUCUUUCAAAUCUAUUUUCUCAAAUGUCGUUGUCAUACAAUUGCAGUAAAGUCAAUAUUGUUAUUCGCAAUUUAAAAAACAAGAAUUAAAGCCAUACUUUUAUCUUUGAACGUAGGUGAUCAUGUAGGUUCACCUUAUUGAACUGAAUCAGUUUUAAACAAAAAUGGAGUGGUAGCGUUACCGCCUUGUGCAAAGAAUUAUCGCGAACGGUUGAAUCCAUGAUUGAUGUUGUUAAAGAAGAAUUACAAGGAAACGAUGAGAGGAAAAAAGCAGGAAAAACCUAUCAUUCUAUGAUAGCGCUUCCGACUAAUCAUUUAAAAAACAAUGGAGAAACCAACACGUCAAAACAACUUCAAUGUUUUUCUCUUUCCACACCUGAAGUACACAUUUUCAGAUUAACUGUUGACCCCGGAGUUAAAGCUACAUGUGAAGAUUUAAUCUCAGCACUUCAAUCGCACGUUUUAAACACCUCUUCUUUGUUAUCCCUACCUUCUACAAUAAAAGUAUCUGGGUGCACUUAUAAUGUUUCCUAUACUCCUCCGCACGGUGAUGAACUUCUUUUCGGCGAUAGAUUGUGUGAUUCCCAGUGGAUAGGUCCUAAAUGUUUAGGAACGGCCAUCAUCAGCCCUGCGCCCGCACAACAUUCACCUUGUGAUCUUUUUAUGGAGCCUCACAACUACACUAGAAUAAAUAAAAAUACCUUUUCUUCCCUUCGUAAACCUCAACAAUAAAUUGUUUGUUUUUAGAAAAUGAAUUCACAAUGUUUUAUUCAAUUUCACCUCAAACAAAAUUCUACUCGACAAUACUAUACAUUAGGUUUUUUUGUAAUUGUUUUUUUAUUUUUUAUUAAAUAAAAGAAAAAAAAUUACAGUUUGGGCCUUACUAGAAAAACUCUAUUGUCAUUA